AUGUCUCUGUCACUUGCUCGUCAAGCAGUUACUAAAGGAAGUCUGCGACGACUCAGUCGUCAUUGCAGCAGCAACCCAUAUGCAUUAUUGAAAUACACCUCUAUAUUCAGCAGACAACAAAGCUCAGUGGCUACGGCAACAGAAUCUGACUCCAACUUUGGAAACAAGAAGCCCAUCAUUUUACCACAUCCUGGCAUGAAUACCUUCAAAAUUACAGCCAAGGUGCUGCCAGGUUCAGUGGCAGAGCAAUUCGCCAUUUUGAAGGCAUGUAUCAUGUCAGGAUCCAUGAUCCGUGCAGAGAGAAUCAUGAACGAACUGUACAAGACCCGGCCUGAUGAGAUGAAAUUAUUUGCUGAUGUCAACCUGUACAAUACACUCUUGAAUGGAUUCAUUGAGGCACCUGUAAAACCCAUGACGAAAGAAUGCUUGGCUUGGUUGGACGGUAUGAAGCCUCGAGGUGUGAAAGCGGAUGCCAAUACAUAUGCUAUUGUGUUGAAAGGAUUUUUAAGAACGGAGAGUUAUCACACAGCAAGGGAAUUGAUACGAGAAAUGGCUUUUGAAGAAGGGAUCCCAGUAGAGGAUUUGCUGAAAUCAGAGUACCUGGCAAAGAGCGACAUUGAAUCAUUUAGAAAGAUGAUCUCCGCUAGCCAAGGAGCCUCCAAUAAAGAAGUUGCAAAAUUGCUGGAACGAUUAGAAACUGCUACCAACGCCAUCCUAGGCAAGCCUGCAGAGCCCAUCAUGAAAGACACCAUGGCCGAACCUCUGAUAAAAGAAACCAAUUUCGACCCUGUGCCUGAUGUGCCUGAAGUCAAGCCUAUGAAAUCCAUUGGUGUGCAUUUUUUACAAGAACAACUAGCAGCAUUGCGUGAUGCCAAAGGAAGUGCUCAUAUGGAUCCUCACGAUUUGCAAUUGAGUUUGGAACAACAAGGCUACGAGAUGGCAUUACAGCGACUUUUAUACGACAAGGAGCAGAGUUUGGAACGUGGUGAUACAUUGCAAGCUAUGAAUUUGACACCGUUGAAGCGGAAUAUGUGGACAUGGCACCAGAAGAUGUUGCCCUUGAUUCAAGAGGAAAUUGAACGUUGUGAUGCAGCUACAAUGCGUGAAACUGAGCGUCGUGCUUAUGGUCCAUUUUUGAAGUUGCUGCCACCAGAAACCUUGUCGAUUGUGACUAUUUUGGAAUUGCUGCGUUUGCACAAUUCAUCUGGUAUUGGUGAUGGUAUGAAGACAGCGCGUGCGAUUAUCGAUGUGGGCAAAGCCGUGGAGAUGGAAUACAACGCAGUGCAGCUGAAAAACAAGGCCAGAGGGUCAGACAAGAGUGCAGGCACACACGCUCUUUUUGCCAGUGGCAAGCUGUUCAAUAUGGCUGUCAGAAAAGCCCAAACUAACAUUGAAAAGGACUUGCAGCAAAGCGGUAUACCCUCGCCCAAUGACUGGAACCCUGUAUGGCCUAGUACUAUUCGUGCUAAAGUGGGUAGUGUAUUGACUAGUCUGUUGCUGGAGGCUGCCAAGAUCCCUGUGCCCAGUAAGGAUCCUGAAACUGGCUUGAAAAUUAUUGAGAAUAUCCCAGCCUUUUUCCACACGUAUCAAUACGUUCACGGUAAGAGAGUGGGCAUCAUCAAGUUUUCUGAGCAGCUGACACAGAUGCUCUCUCGCGAGCCAAUCCGUGAUACAUUGCAUCCUCGUCUUUUGCCCAUGUUGGUGCAUCCCAAUCCAUGGUUAUCCUACAACAGUGGUGGCUAUCUUUCUACAAAAUCGCUUUGUAUGAGAAUCAAGGAUUCUGCUGAGCAAUUGAUCUAUUUGAACAAGGCGUCAGAAAACGACCAUCUUGGAAAGGUCUUUUCUGGUCUGGAUGUAUUGGGCUCCACCUGCUGGAGAGUGAACAAGAACGUCUUUAAUGUUGUUCUUGAAGUGUGGAAUUCUGGUGAAGCACUAGCAGAUAUUCCGCCCGUUGUUGACGAGCAUGCUCCCCUUCCACCCAAGCCCGAGAAUUAUGAUACGGAUCCUAAGGCCAAAUUCAACUGGGUCUCUGAAGUCAAGCAGCUCCAAACUAACGAAAGAAACAACCACAGUUUGAGAUGUGAUGUCAAUUACAAGGUGGAAACUGCUCGCGCUUUCUUGAACCUUCCCAUGUACUUCCCUCACAACAUGGAUUUCCGUGGUCGUGCUUAUCCUAUGCCUCCCACUUUGAAUCACUUGGGUAACGAUCUGUGCCGUGGUUUGCUCCAUUUCGAUAAAGCAAAGCCUUUGGGCUCUCGUGGUUGGAGAUGGCUCAAGAUUCACUUGGCCAAUUUGCACGGCUAUGACAAGCAUUCGUUUGUUGAAAGAGAAGAAUACACCAUGGAAAACAUGAAUCAAAUUUUGGACUCUGUAGAUAACCCUUUGACUGGCAACCGUUGGUGGUUGAAGGCAGAUUCGCCAUGGCAAUGUCUUGCUGCUUGUUACGAAGUCGCUGCUGCUUUCCGUAGUGGCAAGCCAGAGGAAUUCAAAUCGCAAUUGCCUAUCCAUCAAGAUGGUACCUGUAACGGUCUCCAGCAUUAUGCAGCCCUUGGUGGUGAUUUAGCGGGUGCACGUGCUGUUAAUUUGGCCAACUCGGGCGAUCGCCCUGCCGAUGUCUAUACGGGUGUGGCUGAUUUAGUGAACAAGCAAAUUGACGAAGCUGCUGAGAAUGGCGAUGAAAUGGCCAAGUUACUCAAGGGCAAUGUCAGUCGUAAGGUUGUCAAGCAGACUGUCAUGACCAACGUGUAUGGUGUCACUUUUGUUGGUGCUCGUGCUCAGAUCGAGAAUCGUCUCCGCGAAAACCCAGAUAUACCUCGUGCUAAGGUGUAUGCGCUUUCUGGAUACUUGGCCAAGAAGGUCUUUUCCUCGCUAGGUGAGAUGUUUACUGGUGCUCACAAGAUUCAAGAUUGGUUGACGGACUCAGCAAGACGUAUCGCUCGCAGUGUUCCUUUAGAGACAUUGCAGGAAGCUGGUUUGGUUCCUGGUGGACCAGCAACACCGUCAGCAGGCGAUGCAGCAACAGCAGCAGAGCCCACGAAGAAAGACGGCAGAAAGAAGAAGCCAGCCAAGGUGUUCUCUGCUCGUAACCCCUCUGCAAAUCAAAUGUCGUCUGUCAUUUGGACAACCCCUCUAGGAUUGCCCAUCGUGCAGCCCUAUCGUCGAUCUGGCAAGAAGCAGAUUGCCACCUUGUUACAAACCAUCUUUAUCGAAGAUCCUGAUGCUUCUCGCCCUGUCAACGCCUUGAAGCAAAGUACUGCUUUUCCUCCCAAUUUCAUUCACUCGCUGGAUGCCACUCAUAUGUUGAUGUCUGCCGUUGCUUGCCAUAAGAAGGGUAUGUCGUUUGCCUCUGUGCAUGACAGUUACUGGACUCACGCCUGCGAUGUGGAUGGUAUGAAUGAGGUGAUUCGUGAUCAGUUUAUCGAACUGCACUCUCAACCUAUUAUGGAGAAUCUGAUUGCUGAAUUCAACGAACGUUACAAGGACUACAGAGUCCCUCAAACUGAAUUGAUCGACAAGAGUGCGGACGCUAAUGAAGCAGCAAGCCCAAGCCUCUUUGGCGAUGUAGCAGAUUUCGACAAGGAGUUGGAACGUGAAAAGCAAAAGAAAGAAAACGAAAAGAAGGACGCUCUCAACGCGAUAUUUGGUAUUGCUGAUACACCUGACACUGAUAUCGACGCAGACGAAGAUGAGGAUGAAGAUGACGAAGUAGCAAAGAAGCCUAAGAGGAAAACAUCUACCAAAUACAAGCACAGUUGGGAGCCUCUGACCUUCCUGCCGCUACCAGAGAAGGGUGAAUUUGACAUUAACGAAGUCAAGAAAUCACCUUACUUUUUCCAUUAA